AUGGAUUUUCUUAAGGACAAUAAGAAAUUUGAGGCUAUGGUUUAGGAUGUGUUUCAUACCAUAGAUGAAAAUGGUAUAAAUUUUUCUUAAUUAAUAAAAAAGACAGUGGUUACAUCGAAUUUUCAGAGUUGAAAAGAACUAUUCUUGAAAUGUAUAAACAAGCGAAUGUUAAAGUAAAACAUAGAAUCUAUUUAUAGCAAAUAAAUGAUGAAUAGCUUUAGGAUAUGAUUAAUACAUUUGAUAAAGAUGAUAAUUAAAUAUUGGGUUAAGAGGAAUUAGCAGAUUUAUUAAGGUAAAUAUUGGAAAAAAGUGUACAAAUAUAGAAAGAAGAAGGUAUGAAUAAUUGAAAUUAAAUUGUAGAACAAAAAAACAAAAAGAAGGCAGAUAAAAAUGAACGUAUAGAAAAUUGAGUAUAACAAUUAGCUACUACAUUUCGAUCUAAAAAAAUCAUAACAAAGGAUAGAGAAUAACAAAAAUAAGAGAUACAAUAAUUAAAAUAGGAACUUAAUAGUUUAAAAAAGUAAGAUAAGAAGUCAUAGCAGUUACAAAACUAGAAAUUAGUAAAUUAUUAUGUCAAGUAUUAAUUGAAAUUAUUUAAUCAGUUCAACAGCAAGAGAUGAAGAAGUAAGAGAAUAAUAAGAAAAGUUUGAUGCUUCUAGUAAGAGUUUAUCAAUUUAAUCACCUCAUAGUUCAAAAUCAAGUAUUAAUUUAAAUCCAUUGGUUUUUAAUUAGUAUUUAAGAUAGGGAUUUAUAAAAAAUGCAGGUAUAUUAUAAUAAUUAUAAUUAGAUGAUAUGAUUAAAGCAUAAGAGAGUGCAAAAAAUAAUCAUUUGAUUGGUUUGGCAGUAAAAAGAAGUAGUGCUGGUGAAUGGUAAGGGAUAAUAGAUUACUUUAAUGAAUAAACAUAAAAGGAAUUUGAUAGAACACCAAGCAGUUAAUAAUUUCAUAUUAUAAGUAAAAAAUUAACUAAAAAUGUAAAAUUUAUUAUGAUUCAUAUUUAAAAUUUGAAAUAUACAAAUUUUAGAGAUUUGAGAAUAAAUUCAAAAUCAGAAUUAUCUAGUGUUGAUAAACCAGCAUUAUUUUUUUGGGAACUUAAUUAUAAUGGUUAAACUUAUUUUAAAAAUUCAGCAAAAGAAUUUCCUAAUUAAUUAAAUGAAUGUUUGGAUACAAUUAUUAUUUAUAAUUACACAAAUCCAAUAUAAGUUAUAUUUUGGAAGAAAUAAGGAAAAGAUUCAAUAUAUGUAGGUUAAUUUGAUAUUACAAAUUAAUUAUUUUAAUUAUUACAAAAAGUUACAGACUAGAAUGAAUUAGGUGAAUCUACUAAGUAUAAUUUGAAUCUAAAUAAAAUAAAUAAAUAACUAAGAAAAUUACAAUCUUAAGAAAUAAAACUAUAUAGAAAGAAGAGAGUUAAUUAUUCUAAUAAUUCUUUAGAAGAUCCUCCUUUACUUGGAGAUAUAAUUGUAAAUUUUUAGAUGUUUGAAAUCUGUGAAUUUGAUGCACCUAUAAGUAAAAUACAUUUAUGAUGAUAGAUUAAUUCUCUUAUACCAAAGGAUCACCAAGAUCUUUAGAAGAAAGAGAAAGAAGAAUGUUAGUCGAAUAAUCUAAAUAUGGUCCUUAUAAAUGGCCAGAUGAUUAACAUAAUAAAGCUUUAGUUGUAUCGAUUAAUGAAGCAAGCAUUGAAUUAGCAAUUGUCAAUGAAGAAGAUAUACAAUCCUAUUUAGAUGGUCAAUUAGGGGCUCUCAUUAAAGAAACAUUAUAUUUAGAUAUUGAUUAAGUAGGUUCAAGAAGAACCUCUCGUAUAAAAAGGCCAUAACUUUCAGAAAAUACUAUUGCUUUGUUAAAGUCAUUAGAUGAGAAUCCUUAUGUUGUUUAAGUUAAUGCUCUUAGAUAGACAAUUCGUUAAGGCAGAUUACCAAAGAAAGUAUUAGAAGAAGCUUUACAGUAAUUUGGAUGUACAGGAUCAUAAUUAUUAAUUGAUCAUGUGGAUGAUAUGGGUAUGUGUGAAUAUGAUUAUUGUAUGGAUGAUGGAAGUUAUGGAGUAAUAAUAGAUACAAUAUAAGAUAUGGAAUUUUCAAAUCCAGAAAAUAUAUAAUAAGCUGAUAUAUUUGCAGAGAAAUUAAUUUAAAAUAUAAAGAGUGUUUUAAUUGAAGGUAUAAGAAUUGAACCAUUAUUUGAAUUCUUAAAAGUUGCUUAAAAAAUACCAGAUUUUGGAAUUACAAUUAAUUUAAUAUCUGAAUAAUUUAAAAAUGGAUUAGGUUCAAAAAUAGAUUAAGAAGGUAAUGUUUAAAUUGAUGCUGGUUCUUUUAUUUCUUAUUUUGAUAUUAAUAGUAGAGACUUUGAUAAAAUGGAAAAUUAUGAACAUAUUAUGGUAUUAGGAAAAUUAGUAAAGUUAGCUAAAAAACAUUUGAAACCUGAUGAUCCAUUUUUAAAUCACAUUCAAUCAAAUUAUGAAGAAGCUAAAACUAAAAUAUAUUUCACUGUACCUGUUUUACCUAAGAAAAAGAAUUUAAAAGAUAAAGCUAAAUUUUUAAUUAUACAAUCAAAUAAUGUUCAUCCAGGAUUAUUUUCUAAUAUGGAUAUAAAUUCAAAAACACCACUUUCUGAAAUUAAAUAAAAAUUCCUAUAAAAAAAGAAAGAAAUCUAAAAUGAAAAAGAAAAUAUUGAUCAAGAACAAGAACAAGAUUCUGCUAAAUUACUUGAAAAACCUUGUUUAUGGAAUAUUUGUCAUGAAUUAGUAAGAAGAAAAAGAUGGAAUAUGUUUUAUGAAGGUUUUUAAGCUGAACCCUUAUUUUAUUUCUAAUAGGGUGGAACAGGAAAUACUCCAUUGAUGGAUUUCUUUGAAAAAGGACCUUUUAAUGUUAUUAAUUAAAUGAUCACAUAAUAUCAUCCUAAUAAUCCUAAUGAAGAUAAUAAGGAUAUACCUAAACUUGAUCCCAAAAAGAUUUUCGAUAUGACAACUCCAUAAGGAAAAAGCUUUAUUCAUGCUAUAGCAUUAAAUUAAGAUAUUAAUCCUAUUGGAUAAAAAAUUGCCUUGUAAUCUUUACUAGGUUUAGUUGAACCUGAAUAAUAGGAAUAAUUAUUUGUCACUACAAUGUCUCCAUAUGAUGCUACUCCACUUGUUCUAUAUAUAACCAAAUUAUCAAGUGUAGUACCAGCGUAAUUAUUAUUAAUUAUAUUAUAGUUUUAAUACAGAAGAAAUCAAAUCCAUUUAAGAAAUGUUGAAUAUAAUGAAAUAACCAUUAAAGAAAGAUUUUAAUUAAUAUGAGUUUAGAGCAAAAUGUUUUUUCAAAAUUCACAAUAUUUAAAUUGAAGAGGAUGAUUUAAAAGAUUACUAUUAUAAUCAUAUUCAACUUUCAAAGGCAAUGUCUUUACUGUAAUAAAAUAUGUUCGAAUUUGUUUCUAAAGAAAUUGAUUGGAUAUAAUGGUUUUCUCUAAACAUUGAAAAUUAUGACGGGGUUACGAAAGAAAUGCCUUUUGCCAUAUACAAUUUAGCAAGAUAGGGUAAAAUAGAAUUUCUUGAAUCUUUAUUGGAAAACUUCUUAAAAUAAUAAAGUACUAUGGUUUGUGCAAUAAAACCAGAUUUGAAUUUUAUCAUUUCAAAUAAUUAAGAGGAUUUCAUAUCUGAUGAAAAUGGUUAGAUAACAAUUUAUGAUAAAGAUAAAAAUAAAACAAUAAAAUUCAGUUAAGAUGAUAUGUUAAAAGCUAUGGCAUAAUUUUAUGCAAAAUAUCCUUUAGAAGUCUUUAUAGGUAUAUAGUAAAUCUUGAAUGAAACUAAAUUUACUACCCUUAAAUUAAAUAGAUUAUUAAAAGAAAUUACUUUAUAAACAAUAAAAAUUGAACCUAGAAUUCUUGCUAAAUAAUUUUAUAUGAAUAACAAAUCACCAUUUGAAGAGUUAGUAAAAUUAGGUUUAUAAGAAGAAUUAUAAAAAAUACUUACUCCAGAAUAGAUUUAAGCCUAUUAUGAAAGUAAAAAUAAUUUUGCAAAAAAUCUAUUAUAAGAAGGUCUAUUAGGAAAAUUAAAAAAUAAAGAAGAUCCUUUAAAUUUUGGAUAAUUUAGAGAGAGAGAAUUCUUAAAUUAUACUUCUAAGUAAAUGACUGAAAAAGGAGUAGAGGAUGUUUUAAAAUUUAUUGAUAAAUUAAAGUAAGAUAACAUAGAUGGAAGAUAAAGAUUAAUAUAAUAACUUCUCAAUUAAAUUGCAUCAUCAUUACCUACUAAAUUUUCUAAAUAAUAAUAUCCCAAAAUUUUUAAAGCUCUUAAAUCAAAUAAACAAACUUAAUAAUCUGAUGAUAAGAGUAAUUUUUACCUUAGAAAUCCUAAAAAAUUAGAUAAAUAAAGUGAAGUCAAAAAUACAAAUGGUUACUUAAUGAAAUAAAUAUUAAAUGCAGCACUUUAUUCCAACAAUUAAUAAUUAAUAAAUAAUUGUUUAUAAUAUAUAUGGAACAAGUCUCCUGAUGAUUUAUCAUUACGUAAUUUAAGUGUACUUAGACCUAUAUAUUAAAAAUAUGGAUAAUUUUAUAGAUCUCUUACUUAACAUCCAGCUGUUUGUUUAAACUAAUAAGAUUUUGAUAAAUAUAUGAAUGAUACAAAAGAUGUUGCAACUUUAGAAGAUUAUGACAUAGCUGCUAAAGCAUUAACAAAACUUGGAUUACCUGAUAGAUUACCAAUAUUUUUAAAGAGAUUAGCAGCAAAUAAACCUGAAUUAGUAUUUAAUUUAUUAGAAGAUAUUGCAUUAAAUAUUUUAGAAAAAUAACUUCGUGAAGUUCCAGUUGUACCAGCAAAAGCAAAUUAAGAAUAAGUGUAAAAGGUUUAGCCUCAAUUCAUCAUUCCUACUAAAAGACAAAUUAUUCUAAGUUAAUAUAGUUUAUUUGAUGCUGGAGCCUUAGGAUAUCUAAUAUAAAAUGCUAAGAAAUUACUAGAGAAAUGUGCUAACAGACCUAAAAAUUGGAAUGCUUACAAUCAUACCUUAAACAAACAAGCAUUCUAAUAAUAUUAUUUUUAGAAAUUAAGGUAGAACUUUUACACUUAAAAUCCUGGUACAAUGUAUAGUAAUUGGAAUGCUCCUAAAUCAAAUAUAGAGAAAACAGUUGAAACUAUAUUGGAUGCAUUAAAAGAUUCUUUAGAUAACCUAUUAUAAAAAAAACCAGAAUUAAAAGACAAAUUGGAGAAGAUAUCUUUAUUACCUAUAAUAUCAAACAAUAUUUAAAUAUUGGAUAAAUUAAACAAUAAAGAGUAGAGAAUAUUUACAGCUAUUGAAAAUAUUAUUUUAUAAAAUUUAAAAUAGAAGGCAUCUAAAUUAGAAUUAAUUAGAAUUGAAAAAAGAAUAAAGAUGAAUCUUUAAUUUUUAGAAGAAAAUUUUAAACCUAAUUUAAAGACUGUGAUUGAAUAAGAAAAGAAUAGAUCUUUCAGAAUAUUUAGAGCUUUAGAUUAUACGUUAAAAAAGGAAUAUUAGCCAUUAUAAUUAUAAUUUGCAACAGAUGUUAUUUUAAUAAUUGUUAAGAACUUUGUUGCAAAUGAUUUUUCAGGGAUAUUUGAUAAAAAUGUUUCUUAUCUUUAUAGUAGAUUUUUAUUCAUAUUUUAGAUGCACUUGCUGUUUCUUUGAUGAGGUCUAAGACAACUGAUCCAAGAGCUUUAGAGUUUAUGGGAUCUCAAUUGAAUAAAUAUUAAUUUUAUGAUUUAGUUCAUAGUUUAGAAUUAGGGGAAAAAGAAGGUAAUGAGGCAUCAUAAGGAGAUGUAAAGGGAAAAAAAGACAAAGUUGAUGAAAUAUAGAGAAUUAAAGAAGCAUUAAUAUUUAGAAACAUUGAAACUUUGCCUACAAAAAGUAAAUUGUUAUAUUAAUAUAAUAGCUGAAAUUGAACCUGCUGGAAGAUUGGUUGUUCCUUCUUAAAGUAAUAUUCCAUAUUUUAUUAAAUUAUUGAAAGCUAAAGUUAAGCCUUUCUUUUAAACUUAUAAUAAGGAAUUUAAUUUUGUGAAUGGAUAGCCAUUUGAAAUUGAUAAUUUAAAGACUCUUAAUUUAUUCGAAUAUUUAAUUGUUAAAUGUCAUUACACAUUGAUUUCAAGUAAAGAAUUCAUAAAAUUUUAGAACAUUAUAUAAAUGUAUUUAAACCUAAAAAUCCUUUAUAAUAAGAUUAAAUUAUCAAGUUUUUAUGCUUAGCAUCAAGUUGUGGAAGUUAUACACUUUUUGAUUUAAUUACUGAUCAAAUUCUUAAUUUAAAGUUUCCUUAAUAAUAUAAAGAUUAAUAAAAGUUCCCAUAAAUUUAGUAAUAUCUAAAUUUACCAAUAUUUUAUUAAGUAUUAAUGUAUUCUAGUGAAUAAUCAUCAACAAAGUUUUUUGAGAAUAUAAUAGUAGAUGGUGUUGACUUAAAUUUAUUUUAUAAUUGGAUGAAAUUUAAUAUUGAUGAAAUAGAAAAUGAAAAUAUAUCUGAAUAUAAUUGUUUUGUAUUAAUAAUCAUUAAGAAAUAUGGGAUGCUCUUUAAUAAAAUUGUCUAAUUCUUAAGAAAAUUACUAAAAAACGAUAAGGAAUAUUAUUAAAAUCUAACUGAAAUUAUGGACAAUAGAAAUUUCAAGGAAUCAAAUAUAAUCAAUGAGGAUGAAGAAAAUUAAGAAAGCGAACGAUUAUCUUUAUUGGAAUUUUCAAUUUAUUAAGGAUUUCCAGAUUUUUGUAUGGUUUUUGAUAAGAAUAUCAAAUUGAGAAGAAAUUUAUUUAUAGAAAAAGUGUUUUCAAUCUUAUAGAAAUCUAUGAAUUAAUGUUCUUCAGAAUUAAAAUAAGAUGAUUCAGUCUUAAUUAAUUAUUGUAAUAAGUAUGAGAAAGAUUAAGGAAAUUAUAGAGUUUAACAUUAUAAAAUUUACUUAAUACUUAAAAAAUAUUUUGAAGGAAAUCUAACAAUUAUAACAUCUUUAUAAACAAGUGUUAUAUUCUUUAAAAUUAUGUUGGAAUAUAAACCAGAUUUAAAUUUAUUAUUAUGUGUAAAUUAAUAAAUAAGUUUAACUGAAGAUAUUGAAAAUCUUUAAAUUUUUAAAUUAUUAUUUUAUGAAUAAUUUUUUUAUCUACAUCUUUGUGGAUUUGAUAAGGUUAUGAAAUAUUAAUUGAGUAUAAGUGAUUAUGUAAGAUAAUUUCAUUCUAAAUAAAAAUUGUUUUGGGCAUCAUAAGAAGUGAUUGAUGCAUUUAAGACUUAUUUUAAAUUUGAUUAUAAGUAAGAACUAAAAAUGAUGAAUUAAUUUGAAUAAAGUCAAUUAAAUGAUUAAUUAGAUUAAUUUACUCCUGAAGUUAUGCUUUAUUUAUAUUACAAUUAACCAGAUUUAGUUGAAAGAUCAACAUAAUAUAAUGAACCAUUAAAAUCAUUUUCUUCUUAUAAACAAAUGCUACCUAUCAUUCGUCAUUAAUCAACAUAAGAAAUAUUACAACCUAUUGAAUAAAAGAAAAUGAAAAAUCAUGAAUUAUAAUAAAUUGUAGAAAAACAAUAAGAACAUUUCAAUAAAGUAGUGGGUUAAGUUAUAAUUGAAGAUGUAGAAUCAAAUUAUCAAUAUGCAGCUAUUUUAGUUAUUUAUAUUUCCACAUGCAAUGACUUAAUUAAUUAUAUUGGAGAAAGUGAUGUAACUAAUUAUAAAAUUGUUCCUAUCUUAAAUUAAAUAUUAGAAAGAUUAUCAAUUAAAGAUUUAGAUUGCUUUAUAGUUUAAUUGAUAUUUUCAAUUAGAAAUAAUGAUUUAUAUAAUAUUGUAAUGGAAUGGAGUCAAUAAUCCAAGGCUGCAAUUAAUAAAGAUAUUUUUAAGGAGAAAUCUUUCAUUUAAGGAUUACUUAAUUUACUUAAUGUUAAGAGAAAAUCUUAGAAUUACAUUAUUAAUUAUUAGCAAAAUGAUUUAUUGAAACUAUUUCAAUUUGAAUUUGCAAAAACAGAUAAAAUGUGUAAAGAUAAAAUAUAUAGAGGGGUAUAUAUAUAUAUAAUUUAUUUUAGUUUUGUGUUUUACAUAUAGUUUUGAAUUUUAUCUCAGAAAUAGAAUCUUUUAUAUAGAAUGUUAAUCCUAAUGAUUAGAUUACAAUUAAUAUAGAAUUAAUGGAAUAAUCCAAAGGAAAAAAUAUUUAAUUAAAGGUACUUUCUAUUCAGGAUAUUAUUAUUGAUAAAGAUCUUACUGGAUUCAAUUAUCAAUUAGAAAUACCUAUGAUUUAUCAAGAAAAAAACAAUAUCAUAAAUUUAUUCAUCAAUUAAAGCGUAGUUAAAGAAUUUUAGGAGCUUUCAAAAAAAUAAAUAUUUGAUAAUAUUCGACUUAAAGAAUUCUAAGAAGAAUUAUAAAAUUAAUAAAAAUUUAUAAACUCAUUCCAAGUUUAAUUUGCAAUCAAACCUAAUUAAUUAUAAUAUGAUAUCCUUUAAAUUAUUAAUGAGCAACUUAGUGAGAAAUACCCAUUUGAAUUUGGAAGGCAAUAUGGCAAUAUUGUUCAUGAUAUUACUUUAGACAAAGAUAUAUUUUUUGAAGAUGAAAAUAAUAACAAAAUAAUUCAAAGAAAAAAUCUUUCAAUUGAAGAUGAAGUCAAUGUGUCAGCUUAUUUUAAUUUAACAACUUAUUAGUAUGAAAUUACACUGAAUGUACUUAUCUUAAAAAAAGCCUAAUAUUUUAGCAAAUGCAAUAGGGAGAAUUAGCUUAAAUAAUUAAUUGUAAUUUUAUAUAUUUGAUAUAUUUAAUAGGAUGAUUUUGCAAGAAAAUAAAGUUAAUUACAUUAUAUUAAAAGAUUCUUAGAUGUAGAUGGUAAUAAUGUUAGAGAAUAUUAAAGUAUGAUGGAAUUAAUUAAAGAAUAAAAAAUAAAAAAAAAAUAAAAAAGUUAACUUAGUGAUUAUGAACUUGAAGAAUUAAAAAUAUUACAAGAAAAAUAUCAAAAAUAUUAAGUACCUCCAUAUUUUGUUUAUGAAUUGGAUUGGCCUAUUUAUAUAGAAAAUAAAAAGAUUUAUGCAGAUGAGUAUAAUUUUCCAUAAUUGUUAUUGAAGAAAUUAAUAUCAAUUAUAGAUGGUGUAUUCUUUGAAACAGUUUAAAGUGAAAAUGAUAAUAAGAAAUCUAAAGUCAAGACAAUUUUCAUUAAAGAAUAAAGUUUUCAAAUUAAUUACAUAUCAUUUAUUGAUACUUUAGUUUUGUAAUUUGCUAAAAUUCUUGAAUUACAAUUAAAAAGUAGAAUGAUGUAAUUGAGUCUUGAAGAUGUAGCUUAUCAAGCAUUAGAAUGGCCUUUCCUUAAAUAUAUAAUAAAUGUAAUAAAAAGUAAAAUUGAAAAAAGUUCUUUGCUAUUUGAAAUGAAAGAGUCAGCUAAACCAGAAGUAUUAUAUUCUAUUUUAUAUUAUAUAGAUAUCAAUUAAUUUACCAGGAAUUGAUGAAUGUCUUUAAUUAUCAAAGACAACUUACUUUUAAUAUAAUGGAAUGUUUGUAGUAAGAUUAGGAGUAUAUUUCAACAAAAAGUUAUUAAAAUUAGAAAAACCAGAAAACUAAAAUUUAAGAUAUUCUUAAAAUUUCUCAUUGGAUUUCAAUUUAGAACCUUAUAUCAAUUAUGUCAUAAAUGAACCUUAAUUAAAAGCAGUUCUAAAAAAAGAAAAUAAUAAUAAUAUUUUAUGA